UUGUUAAUUCCACGAAAUAAUCUAGCUCCUUGUUCCUCUCCCGCAAAAAACCGCCCCCCCAAAUUCCUGAAACCCUCGGCGGCAAAGGAACGAGGAUGCUGCAACGGGAGUUUGCUGGAAAGGGCGUUGGUGUGUGAGAAAGAAGAGGAUUCCGUCAGACUCGUGGAUUUAAUUUAAUUUCGUCCAAAGCCCAGAUUUACUAAAUCCCGGAUUUAAUAUUCUGUGGAUUCGAAGUUGUCAUUUUUGCUGUUUGGCAGUACGUUAAUCUUGCUUAAAUCUGGUUCAAAUCCUGCUAAAAAACAGGCCCCAAUUUGCUUCUCAUCUCAACCUCUCUAUGGACGACAUCAUCUGUGCGGCGCUUGAGGAGGUUUGCGUGAGGGGCGCCUCCGGAAUUCGCCUCCAAGAGUUAUGGCCGAGUUUGCAAGUGGCUGUUUCUUCCUCCUGCCUUGAGCUCUCUGAUAUUGUCAAGCAAGUUAUAUGGGGGCGUCUUGCUUCACAACCAGGCCUUCGGUUCACGGUCUCUGGCUCGUCCAUGGAACAUAAGGAUGUUUUGCAGGGGUCUAUGGAGGAAAUGGAGAGGAUUGGGCUGAGUAUAGUUGCUGAGGAACACAUGCGGGAUAGUUUUCUGGGGCUCUAUGAUCUGAAGCAAUCCCCACACUUUGAGAUUUCUCAGAUUCAGAGACGUGUUCUUGAGAGGCUUGCAAUGGCAAGGAGUAGUGGAGUAACUCAGAGCGAGCUUGCCAAAGAACUUGAUAUCAAAGGAACCAACUUCUCUUAUGUUGUGAGGAACCUUGUUUGUCAGCAGUUGAUUGUUAAACAAUCAACUAUGGUUAGGGAAAAAGACUAUGUAAAUGUGGAAAAUGGGCCAAAAUAUGAUCAAAUUGUAAAUACUAACUUAUUGCAUCUGUCCCGGUACGCAAAAAAUGUCAAACUGAAUCCUCAACAAAGGAUUGAAAUCACAAGGUCUGUUUUCCCUCAAAUGUUGAAUGAAUCUGAAGAUACAGAACCAUGUUCUUUUCCCACUGAAGUUUCUGAGGAUUGUUUAAAAGAAGAUGUGCACAUAAAGGAUUAUAUACCAGCUAUGAAAACUAUUUGUGAAAAACUAGAAGCUUCAAAAAAUAAGGUUGACGUUGUUUCAAGCAUAAAGUUAGCUCUUGGUUAUAGAAAGUCAUCUGGGCAUAGAGCAUGGAGGAGUAUCUUAUAUCGAUUGAAGUAUUCUGGUCUCGUGGAAGAAUUUCAAGCAAAAGUCAAUGGGAAGAAUGUCUCUUGUCUUCGGUUAAUCAAGAAGUUUGAUCCUAAAUAUUUUCUACCAAAGUCUUUCAUGCAUGGUCAUAAUGGCUCCGACUCAGAGAAUUUGGUGAAAACUGGGAAAAGAGGUCAGAUUACUGAUCAACUUGUUGAGGUUCCUCUUGAGCAUAGAAUAUAUGACAUGAUCGAUGCAGAAGGACAGAAAGGAAUAACCAUUUUAGAGUUAUCCAAGCGACUUGGAAUAAGUUCUAAGAAAUUGCAUAAACGAGUUUUUUCCAUGCGUGAAAAGUUUGGAGUGGUCUCACAGUCUGAAAUUCAAAAUAAACAACAAGUAUAUAGGUUUUGGACACACAGCUUGCACCACAAUGAUCCUAAUAAAUGCUUAUCAGAUAACCAAAAUUUGCUUCUUGAUCAAAAUGAACUUUCAACUCAUUCGGGUGAUUCAAUUCAAUAUCAGAGGCCAUUUGGCUCUAAUUCAAAGGGUGAAAUUUUGGUUAUGGAAAAACCAGAUAGUGGGCAAGAAUUGAAAACUCAUAGCUCCUUCGGUGGCCCUUCUUCUGAAUUAAUUGAAAGUGAACAGCAACCCGUCAAUCGAGCACAUGAAGAUAAUUUUAUGGAUAGUGAUGUAAUUUUUGAUGAGGCCUGCAGUGCUCUAGAAUCACAUGUCUCCGAAUCCACAUCACUUCAUUCUAUGCCAGUGUCAUCUAUACCAAUUCUCCAAACUCAGAAGUAUGCCUGCAGAGCAUCAACCUUUUCCGCUGCACAGAGGGAACAAAGGAUACUUGAAAAAUUGAAGAAUGAGAAGUUCCUUCUAAAAGUUGAGUUGCAUAAAUGGCUUGGUGAUAUUGAGAAGGAUAAGCCAACGACAAUGGACAGGAAAACGCUAGAGCGCUCUUUGAAAAGGCUUCAGGACUUGGGAUUUUGCAGAUGCAUUGGUGUCCACAUGCCUUCAUUAACAAAUUUCAAUAGUUUGCGCUAUACAGAAGCUAUUUUGCACCCUUCUGUGAAUCCAUCUCAAGAACUUGUGCAACAAAUUUAUGAAAGGCAGAGAUCUUUUGACAUUCAAAGUCGCCGUUUUCCUCGAUCUGCUAGGAUGAAACAUGAACAAUCUGUGGUGGAGCUGCCAGAACUACAAAAUGCGAGGAGAGCUUCCAUUCAUGCUGAUGGUUCACCAGCUUCAAAGGCAAUGAGUGAGAAUGGCUUUGUUAUUGCAAAGAUGGUCCGAGUGAAGCUUUUGCACAAAUUUUUGUGGUCUUACAUGAGUAGUUCACCAUAUUGGCAAAAUGCUUUGUGCUUUUUGAGAAAGGAUGGUGUUAAUGUGGCAAAUCCUGCAAAAGAUUGCCAAUUAUUUUCUCUUGAUGCAGCCAUAAAAGAAAUGCCACUUGAAUUAUUUUUACAGGUGGGUGGAUCUAGAUUAGUUAUUAAUAAUCUGGAAAAAAAAUGUAAACUGGGUUUGAGACUCUCCGAUCUCUCAGUUCAGGAGCGCAGAUGCCUUCUGGAUACUCAGGCAACAAGUAGGCUGUCAUCUAUUGUUGAGAUCUUACUUAGGCUAAGGUUAAUUCAGUUAGUGAAAAAGGGGACUGUCCAAGAUGUUAAUUUGCUCUCUCAUGCUUUGGAGCUUAAAGCAUACUUAGAGGAACCCGUGCCUGCAGUUUUACCAUCUUCAGAUAUCCUAAGAUCAAAUGAUUGCUAUAAGUUACGACAUGAUUUUAUCCUUUCUGACAAGGAGGCUGUUGAGCUAUAUUGGGAGACCUUGGAGUAUUGCUUUGCAUCUGCUGAUCCAUCAUAUUCACGACAGUGCUUCCCUGGUUCAAUUGUAGAAGAGGUAUUUCAUCGCCGUUCAUGGUCUUCUAUUCGAGUUAUGACUACUGAGCAAAGGCUGGAGUUGCUUAAGCAUUUUAAAACCGUUGAUCAUACAAAGAAAAUUCCAUUCAGUGACUGUGUAAAGAUUUCUAGGGAGCUGAACCUCACAUUGGAGCAAGUGCUCCGUGUCUACUAUGAUAAGCGGCAAGCCCGUGUUACUGGGUGCUGCAAUCACUUGAAAUCUGAAGGAUGGGGACAAAGUCAGAAUCCAAACAAUGUUGGAUCUCCUAGAAAGAGGAGGCGGCUUCUAAAUCAUGCUUGUCGUGAUCAUACUCCAAAUGUACCGGCAGGAGAGUUAAAUGAAGCAAAUGAAAGAACCUUUUCAGAUAACGAUGAGGUAAUGCGUUUAGAUUCUUGCUCUCUAUCUGCAGGUGAAAAUGUUCGUCUCUAUCAAGCACUUAGAGAAAGUAAACUGAGUCCUGCUGAAGUUCAGCCUCAAUCCCAUGAAGAAUAUGCUGAAACUGCAGCUUUAAUCAGUCAAUGUGCGUUUGAUAAGCUAAAGCCUAGCCGUAAGAGAAAAUUCUCUUGGACUGACAUUUCAGAUAGGAAAUUAGUCAUGCAGUAUGCAAAGCAUAGGGCAAUGCUUGGAGCAAGGUUUGCCCGGGUUGAGUGGUCUUCACUCUGUGAUCUUCCAGCUCAACCAGACACAUGCAAGAGAAGAAUGGCCACUUUGAAUCAGAAUUCUAAUAUUAGAAGAGCAGUUUUGAGACUCUGUAACUUGCUUGGAGAGAGGUAUACUCGUUGUUUGGAUAACUCACGGGUUAUGGCUAACCAGGAAUCACUUAAGGUUGAUGAUUAUGAGAAGAGUUAUGAAGGUUUUAAAUUGCAUGAUACUGUUCUUAAUGAAAAAUCUUGCGUAAAUAUCUGCAAUUCAAAUUCUCAACGUUAUUGUUGGGAUGAUUUUGAAGACGCGGACAUAAAGUUGGCUCUUGAGGAAGUGUUUAAAUACAAAAGGCUAGCAAAAAAGGAGGAUGCUAAGAGUGUUGGAUGUAGACCUGAAGAAGGGUGGAUUAAUAAUCGAUUAUCUCGUGACUUGGAGUUCACUUCUUCUGAACCUGAAAAAUGUAGCUCCUCAUCAUGUGGUGGAGGUGUAUUGCAUGAUGUUGAUAAGAAAAAUCCCGUUGUUUAUUCAGCAGCUGCUCAGAACAGAUCAAAUAAUUAUUCAUCUCGUGGAAAGGUUCUCAUGUUUAGGGGAAAUAAUGGUUUAAGUCAAAUAUACAAAUCUUUGUCCAUUUCCAAUGCCAUUGAGCUUAUUAAGGUUGUUUUUCUAAGCUGCUCGAAAUCUCCCAGAGUGCAAAAUUUACUUGCCAGAACUCUACAGAAGUAUCCCCAGGGUGACAUUUUUGCUGCAUUCAGCUAUCUCAGGGAGAAGAACUACCUGGUCGUUGGACAUGGAAGUCGACCUUUUGUACUUUCCCGGAAGUUUUUCCAUAAUGUUUCGUCUUCUCCCUUUCCAAAUGAUUCUGGUAAAAGAGCCACUAACUUUUCUAGUUGGCUUCAGAAACAGCAGAGUGAUCUAAUAAAGGAUGGAGUGGCUAUUGCUCCAGAUUUACAGUGCGGGGAGGUUGCCCAUCUUUUUUCUCUUGUUUUAUCUGGAGAUUUUUCAAUUUCACCACGCUUGCCAAAUUGUGGCAUUGGGGAAGCUGAUGAAUUUAAAAGUUCAGAGUCUUUUUCAUCACUGGAAGACAUGAGUAACAUUGGUGUAUCAAAAAAAUUGAAACGGAAAGUUGAUGUGCCACGCAGCAGUGAGAAGGUUAAGAAACCUAAGCCUCAGUCUAAAGCAGAUGGUGAUCGCAGGGAGAAAGGCUUCCCUAGUAUCAAGGUUUUCCUAAAUAUGGAAACAGUUUUGGGAGUUGAUGCUUUUGAAUGUUUAGGACAUGGAAAAGAUAAUAGCCAUGCUUUGGCAGGAAAUUCCACUUCAGUUGAAACAACUUGUUCGACAUCUUCUUUGGAUAAUGUGGAUGUGACUCAUGACAUGGGCCGUCAAUCUUGCUGGGAUGCUAUGACUGGAUAUUUUGAAUUGCUUGCAUCAGCAUCUGCUAUUACGAAUGAGGCAAGACCUUCUUCUACAGAUUUUAAGUUUGUUCACUCUGUCAUUUGUCAGGCUGGUGAGCAAGGACUAAGCAUGGACGAAGUUUCUGGAGCUUUAAAAAUAAAAGGUGAAAGGGUGGCUGAAAUGUUUGUGGACACAUUGGAAGUGUUCCAAUUAGCUGUUAAGGUCAAUGCAUUUGAUUCUGUUCGAGUGGUUGAUGCUUCACAUACCUCAAAGUACUUUAUCAGCGUGCCUAAUCAUGUGAAGAUUCAUAACCAAGGUUUUGAUUUUCUCUCUUGUUCCAAACCCCAAGGCAUCAGUUCUGGAACACCAGGAGGACCUUUUCAACAUCAGCAUGGUAACAUAGAUAAUUCUCUGGUCAACCCUGGAGUCGGUGUUGGCUGUGAAAAUAAAACAAGGGCUCAUGAUAUGUCUGACAAUCCUUGUGAAUAUCGUAUUGAAGUACAACCUUUUAGAGAAAGUGCUAUUAUUGCUAAGGAAUCUGAGAGUGAUGAAUCUUUUCAUUUGCAAGAUAUUGCGGUUGGCAGUGUUAGAAAUCCUGUUGCAGGAAUGGCUGGUGUAUUCCAGCCUAUAUUGCCUUGGAUCAAUGGUGAUGGAACCAUUAACAUGAAUGUUUAUAAGGGGCUUACACGUCGAAUUCUUGGGAUUAUCAUGCAGAAUCCUUGUAUAUUGGAGGAGGAUAUUAUUACUAAAAUGGAUGUAUUAAACCCACAGAACUGCAGAAGGCUAUUGGAAACUAUGGUUCUGGACAAUCACAUAAUGGUGAGAUGGGUGCAUCAAACUGCCACUUCAUCUCCUCCACCGGCAAUUUUGCAGAGCCUUUUCACUUCAAAUUUGAAGAGGCCAUCCUUAAAACUGCAAAAGCAUUACUUCGCUAACCCUAUGAGCACAACUAUGCUUUAAGUUAGGUGCACAGAUUUUAUCCUGUGAAUGAUGGCAUUAAAAUUCACAUAAAGACUUGGUAGGGGAUGAUCAUUUUAAAACGGUUUGAAUAUCUUUCCAGCCGAGUUCAUGUUGUAAAGUUUUUUGCCAGGUUAGCUCAGUAUUGUUACAAACCUCGUGGAUUUUACAGAAGACUGGAAAUCUUGUAUUAUUUAGUUGAGAAAUGCCUUCAAGCGCCAAGUGAGCAACACGAAAUAGCCUAGGGUUCCCUAUGGACCUCCAUUUGUUGGAGUGCAAUGAGUCCUACAUAUUUUUACGGCUUCUUGCUGAGAAGCAUGGGAAGUUUCUCAGUGCUUGCUUUUUGCAAAGUAUUAUCCUGAUUUCAAGUGAACUUUAAUAGGUCUCAGUCAAAAUGAUUCAACGGUUGGUUGGCUUGUAUGAUUAUAAUUUUAGUGAAGGGAAAAGCAAAACGUUUGAAAAUCUCAGAUCAAUGGCUUCAAAUUCAUAAUCAAGCCAGAGCCCAUGAGCAAUAUUCUCAACCAUAUAGUUGUUACGGAAUGCUGUGUAUGAACCCUUAUCGAUUUCCAAGCAUGCAUGGAAAGUUCCGAGGAAUUCAUUUCGGGUUAACAUGCUUUGCCGCCUGUCAAGAUGAGUCUGUUCAAAUCUUCAAGAUAUGAUAUCUGGACACCUGGAUGCAAUUCUAGCUGCUGAAUUAGGGAAUUGUGCAUUUAUAGUUAUCAUUAUAUUCUGAAGAUUCUCUUUCACGUCAUCAGCUCUGUUCAAAUAUAUAAGUUCUGCAGAAGUAAAUGCAAUGGCAGCUGCUGAAUCUGGUGAAACAAUUUCAGAAUUUUCUUCUUACGCUACCGACAUGUUUAUCGACGAAGGAAUCGCAGAUCUACAAUACUGGAGUCGGCAACAAUUCGUUUGCAGAACUGUAGGAGGCAUUCAACAACUUAUGGUAGUUUUUCGCAUCUUCAUCUUAUCAACAAAACUCGUAAAAAUUUGGGAAGAUUAGUGAUGGGAAAUAAAAAAGAUUUGCAGGAUGCAAAGGAAUAUGCAAUUCAGGCAUGUAGGCCGAGAAGAAAACUGAAAAGCAGGAGCAGCUGCAACAUUUAACUGGUCUCCCAUCAAAGAGAUGGCUGCUCUCUUGGCCUUGUUCUGCAUUUGCACUCAGGAUGGUCACAUGUAGGACAGAUUUGCUCGUGCAUUUUUUUCUACAUGCUCGAGGUGCUCUUACAGAUGAUGCGUUCCAUUUGCCUGCCCAGUAUAAGAAAAAUCUGUGCUUCUAGCAUAAUAGAAGCUUGUACUCAGUGGUGGGAUUUUAUGAACAUUUAAGAAGUGGGGCAAAACUGUGCAAGCUAUAGCUCAAGUGGUAUGAUUUCUAAUUUUUAAGAUAGAGAUAAUUUGUUUGAUUGGACUUAUUUGUUUUAAUUAUAAAAUAUUUUAUAAGUUGAAGUCACACUAGGAUGCAUCAAAACUUUUGUAGAUGCCAGUUACAGGACCCAUGUCAAUGAUAAAUUUUGUAUAUGUAUAUAUAAAGAAUGUUGUGAUGAAAUAAUAUUUUGAUUAUUUCAAAAACAGAUUUGAUGAAAUAAAUACUUCAUCUUGAGAAA